AUGUCACCAAUUAGAAAUAAAAUAAGCCAAAGAUCUAAAAAACAACAAGAACUUGACCCAAAAGAUAUGCCAGAAACUGCAUUUAUUAUUUUCUUUUCUUUUAAAUAUAAGGAGGCAUUAGAUUAUGAUUUGGAAGAAGCACUUUGUAAAAACGAAAGAGAUGAAAUUUUGGAGAAAUUAUUAUUAUAUUUUCUAAAGAAUCUAAAGAAUCAAGACAAACUUAUCAAUCCAAUUUCUUUACAUAAAGAAUUAGUAAGUCAUAUUGAUAACAUUAUACAAGAAGAUAAAGGUUUUUAUACCAGAGUCAAUCCUUUAAAAAAUGUUGAAAAUUUUUAUAAAUUAUCAGUUCGUGACAAGGUUCUAAUAUUGAAGGAUAUGGUGAUUAAACAAUUUUAUGUUUCCACAAAAAUUAAAGAACUUGUCAAAAAAAAAUAUCCAAUGAGUAAAGGAAAUGAUAGUAUUCCAUUUGAUGUUGAGAAAAUAGGAUCAGAUUCCGAUGGUUCUAAAUAUUAUUAUGUUGGAAUUGGAUCUAGGAUUUAUAAAGAAUCUAUUGUAAAUAAUAAUGUUUUAUGGAGUGUCGGUACUACAACGGUUGAGGAUGUAGCAAAUCUUGAGAAAUAUUUUGAGAAACGUCUUACAGGGAUUCCACUUGAGCAACAACAUGCUGAUGAAAGAUCUUUCUACCAAAAUCUGAGAACUGUCAUUGAACAAAAAUUACCAAAGGAAACAAGAUUAAAAAUCUAUAAAUUACGCCAAAAUCAACUAAUACAAAAAAAAAUUGAAUUAUCAAAAAAGAAUAUACAAAUUAAUGAAAAUAAUAUUAAUAACAAUAACAAUGAUACAAGUAUAGAAAAAAAUGAUUUAAAACCCAUUAAUUCUCCAAAAAGAAUAAGAAUAAAAACCGGAACCAAUAAUAAUAUUUUGCAAAAUAAAGAACCAGUAGUAAUAGCACCAGUGGUAGUAGUUGGUUCAUCUGAUAGAAAAAUUUAUAUACCUAACAGUAUUGAAUUGCAAAAACUUGAAUGGUCACUCAAUCAUCGAUUUUUUCUUGAGGAGGAAGCAAAAUAUGAUGAAUCAGAAAAUACUGAUGCGGAUUUAUCAUCAUAA